AUGUAUUUGGCGUAUAUCAUGGCGUGUUCUUUGGCGGGACUUUUAGUUCCAAUUGAAAAGCCAUGGAGCUGGAAGGCGUUUUUGAAGUCUUGGAAAUCGCACUACUUCUUAGAACCCUUCAUUUUCCUCUAUUGCUUCGUCUGUUUUGGUUUAAUUGGCUAUUUGUUCACUCGACACGUCAUCCAAAUAUCCUUUGGUCAAACAACAAACGACAAAAUAAAGAAAUUCCGCGCUUACAACAUGGGCUUUAUUAAAAAUUGGACGGACUUCUUGUUCAGUCCAAUUCCACCACCAUUUCCACUCCUUAAAUCAAAACCAAAGAAAGCAAAACAAGCAAAAAUGACUCAAGAAUACACGCCAGUUUAA